AUGGCUACGGAGGCAGCAAAUAUUCCAGAGGAGCAGCUGAACGCUCAUACGCAAGUGGCUGACGAUGAGGAAGAAAUCGCAGCGAUGAAGAAGAGAGUAGCGGAGAUGGAGUCCGAGGCCGCCAAGUUACGCGAAAUGCAGCAAACUCUAGACGAGCAGUCGGAAAGCUUGCGAGAGGAUAAAGAAGAUAUUGAUGCUAGGAGUAUAUUCGUGGGCAACGUCGACUAUGGAGCCUCUCCGGAGGAGAUCCAGGCGCACUUCCAGAGCUGCGGUUCGAUCAAUCGUGUCACCAUUCUCUUGGAUAAAUUCACAGGGCACCCUAAAGGAUACGCCUAUGUGGAAUUUGCGGAGCCAAGUCUUGUUGCGCAGGCUUUGGUUUUGAAUGAGAGCGUUUUCCGUGGACGCAAUUUGAAGGUGACACCGAAACGUACCAACGUCCCGGGCAUGGCUAGGGGUCGAGGCCGGGGUCGUGGUCGUGGCUUCGGCCGUGGAGGUUUCCCUGGCUCAUACCGCGGUGCCUACCGUGGUUAUCGCGGUGGUCGUGGGCGUGGUUUUGCGCCUUAUUAG